UGUAGCGCGCAUUCCUCUCCCUCUCACCUUGAAACCACCAUCACGAUCACCGCCUAGCACGAAGCGCUGCGAAGCCCAGCUUGCUUCAGUUCACCGGCAUGGCGUACCGAGUGCUGGAGGUCACGCUCCUGUCAGCCAAGGACCUCAAGAGCGUGAACCUCAUCACGCGCAUGGAGGUGUACGCGGUGGCGACCAUCUCCGGCGACCCCAUCACGCGCCAGUGCACCCCGCCGGACCCGCACGGCGGCCGCAACCCGACCUGGAACGCCACGCUCCAGUUCGCCGUGCCGCCCACCGCCGAGGAGGCCACGGGCGGCUGCCUCCACAUCCUCCUCCGCGUCGAGCGCAUCUUCGGCGGCGACCGCGACGUCGGCGAGGUCAUCGUGCCCCUCUCCGAGAUCCUCUCCGGCGUCGGCCACGGCGCCGACUACGGCGCCCACAGCAUGCCGCAGUUCGCGUCCUACCAGAUCCGCAAGGUGCACCGCACCGAGGUGCGCGGCCUGCUCUACCUCACGUACCGUCUCGGCCCCGUCGUCCUGCCGGAGCCCCAUCUGGAGAUACCCGUCGACGAGUGGCCCGUCGUGGCGUACCCGGCGAAGCAGGUGAUGCCGCCGCCGCCGCCGCCUCCACCGCAGGCUGCUUGGCCCGGGUAUGUGGCCGCGGCACCGCCGGCGAAACCACCUGCCGGCUACGUGGCUGUGCCCCCGCCUCCACCUGCAAAGCCGGCCGGCUACAUGGAUGUGCCGUUUUCGCCUGAGAAAGCACCCGGGCAUACGGCCUGGCCGUCUCCAAUACCUUACUGGUACGGGCCCGCGCCAUCACCUGCAAAGCAAGAAGGGCAUGCCGCCGUGCCGCCGUCGCCGAAACCUUCUGGGUACGGGACCGCGCCAUCGCCUGCAAAGCAAGAAGGGCAUGGCGCCGUGCCGCCGUCUCCGAAUCCUUAUGGGUACGGGACCGCGCCGUCGCCUGCAAAGCAAGAAGGUCGUGCGGCCGUGCCGCCGGCGACUCCAAAACCUUCUGGGUACGGGACCGCGCCAUCGCCUGCAAAGCAAGAAGGGCAUGUCGCCGUGCCGCCGUCUCCAAAGCCAGCCGGUGGACAUGUCGCCGUGCCGCCGUCUCAUGAGCCAUCCGGUCGGGUGGUGUCCAUGCCGCCUUCUCCAAAACCAGUCGGGCGUGUGGUGUCUAUGCCACCGUCUUCUCCGAAACCAUCCGGUCAGGUGAUGUCUAUGCCACCUUCUCCAAAGCCAGUGGAACGUGCGGUGUCCAUGCCGCCGUCUCAAAAACCGGUCGAACGUGCGGUGUCCAUGCCGCCGUCUCCGAAACCGGUUGACCGUGUGGUGUCCAUGCCGCCGUCUCAGAAACCAGCCGGGCAUGUGGUGUCCGUUCCGCCGGCUCCAAAACCGGUUGAACGUGUGGUGUCCAUGCCGCCGUCUCAGAAACCGGCCGGGCAGGUGGUGUCCAUGCCGCCGCCGGCUCCAAAACCAGUUGAACGUGUGGUGUCCAUGCCGCCGCCGGCUCCAAAACCAGUUGAACGUGUGGUGUCCAUGCCGUCGUCUCAGAAACCGGCCGGGCAGGUGGUGUCCAUGCCGCCGCCUCCACCGAAACCAGUCGAACGUGUGGUGUCCAUGCCGCCGUCUCAGAAACCGGCCGGAAAUGUGGUGUCCAUGCCUCCGCCGCCGCCGAAACCGGUCGAACGUGCGGUGUCCAUGCCGCCGUCUCCGAAACCGGUUGACCGUGUGGUGUCCAUGCCGCCGUCUCCAAAGCCAACCGAGCAGCAUGUGUCCGUGCCGCCGUCAAAACCAGCGGCACAAGUGGCCCCGCCACCGUCUCCCAAACCUUCUGGGUACGAGGCCGUGCCUUCUCCUCCGAAACCAGCACCACAUGCGGCCGUGCCGCCGUCCCCGAAACCAUCGGGUCAUUACACCGUGCCGCCGUCUCCAACACCCGCCGGACAUGUCGCCACCAUGCCGUCGUCGUCUCCGAAACCACCUGUUCAUGCGGUGCCACCAUCUCCAAAGACAAGCACGCAUGUGACGGCCGUGCCGCCGUCGCCAAAGCCAGCCGGCGGGCAUGUGUCCGUGCCGCCGUCUCCAAUGCCAUCCGGCGGGCAUGUGUCCAGGCCGCCGUCUCCAGCACCAUACGGUCAGGUGGUGUCCAUGCCGCCUGCUCCAAAACCAGCCGCCCAAGUGGCCGUGCUGCCGCCUCCAAAACCAGCCAAUUUGCCGGCAGAUCACAACCCCAGCAUGGAGUUCGGGUGGGGGCUGGGCGCCGGCCUGGUCAGCGGCGCGAUCAGCGGGAUGCUGGCCGGCGGCAACAAAGGAGAACCGACGGCGUACGCACCACAAGCCGCUCCACUCGCCCGCAGCCGUCAAGUGUCUGUGUCUAAGACGUACGGUAGAGAUGUUUACACGCACUAAUAAUAACCUUGCUAAGAUCCAAAUAUAGCUUGAUACGAGUGUAUAAACACUUGCACGAUGUACUAGUAAAGAGUGCCGGUUUGGCAUGACUGGGUUUGUAGCUAGUUAUGCUAUAAAUUAAGACAUGGGUACGUCUAUGUAUACUUUGUAAUUUGGAAUAAUUAAGCUUUAUGCUCCUUAUUAAGUUGCA